UCUCCCCCACCGCCUUGCCCCCAGCCGGCCAUCUCCUCCGUCGCCGCGUAGAUCCCCGCCGCCCUGCCGCCCCGCAGAACACCGCCGCGCCGCAGAACCCCGCCACCCCGCAGAUCGACGCCGCCCCAGAACGCCGCCGCCCCACAGAUCCCCGCCGCCUGUGCUCCUCUCUGGCCCCGUUGCCGUCGGUAGAGGGGAGGCAUGGUGGAGCUCUGCGUCCGAACGCUGCCGCCGUGAGUACCCUCCCCUCCCCUCCGGGUUGGCCGGCCAGGGCUGCUCGACGCCAUCGGCCACUGCCCGAGCUGCGCGUCUCCACCAGCUGCGGCCGUCCUCCUCCGUGACACCGUCGUCCACCAGCAGCAUUGGAAGAUUGAAGAAAGAUCACGAGCAAGACUUAGGAAAAUUGAAGCAGUCAAAUGUCCCACCUUAAUUCUCACCGAGGAUUGCGUCGAGUUUGCUAGAUUGUGUCGAGAUUUCGUUGCGGAUCUUCCUCGCUGAUCUAUCACGCUCCGAGGGAUGGAGAACCGUGAGUGGAUGUACACGGGGCGACCCCGUCAGGGGAAAAUGACCGGGGAAUGGAUACAAAAGACCAAGGAGUUCAUAGAAUCAGCGUUUGAUAAGAAGAGACAUGAUAUAGCCUGGUGCCCGUGUCGUGACUGCAGUAACAAGAAACAACAAACAAAGGAGACAGUUGGUAAACACCUGGUGAAGUAUGGUUUCACACCAUUCUACCACACUUGGGAUUUCCAUGGUGAGACAAAAUCAAAGCGUGCGAGGACCGAUGGGGCUGGUGGGAGUCAUGGCAUGGGAGAAUUUGACACUGGGAUUGAUGAUUGCUUAGAGGACUUCCGUAAUGCACAUGCACCUGAGAAUCCAGUUGUAGAGGAGACACAGGAGGAGGGGGAGAAAAGCACAAAGCAGUUCUACGAAGCUCUGUUUGCGGCACAGAAACCCCUACACGAGCUUACUGAGGUUACUCAACUAGAUGCCAUUGCACGCUUGAUGGCCUUUAAAUACGACCGAAACCUGUGUAGAGAUGGAUUCGAUGAUCUUCUGGCCAUCGUUGGAAGCCUUCUGCCGGCGAAUCACUUACUGACGAAGAACAUGUACGAGUCUGUGAAGAUCCUUCGUGCACUUAAGAUGCCAUAUGAGCAGAUACACUCAUGUCCAAAGGGAUGCACUUUAUUUAGAAAAGAGCAUGCAGAAGCAAAGUACUGUGUCAAGUGCAAAUCCUCAAGGUAUUUCGAGGUUGACGCCGGUAAUGGACAGAAGAGGCAAACUGGAGUAGCCCAAAAGAUCCUACGGUACCUUCCAUUCCUACCAAGGAUCCAAAGGCUCUUUAUGACUGAGGAAUCUGCCCAACAGAUGAGAUGGCCCCUACUUGGCAUAAGGGAGAGCGAAAAGAAGAUGAUACACCCGUCGGAUGGUAGCGCAUGGAAGAAAUUCGUUGCAAAAUAUCCAACAAAAGCGAGCGACCCUAGGAGUGUUGCAAUUGCUAUAUUUGUGUCGACGAUCCGAAUGGUCCACCUGCUGGUUUUGUGGAUGAUUGGUGGAAAUGGGGCAAUCCUGAUAGCGACGACGAAACAUUGGUUCCUCCCAAUGAUCUCGACACAGGCUUUUGAACUUAGACUAUGUACUCGUGGUUGUAAGCUUAGCCUUAUUUGUAAUAACAACUAUAUUUGUGUCGGCUAUAUGUAAUCGUGAUUUUGUAUGUACCCGUGGCUGUGAACUUGUCAUAUUUAUAGCAACAAGUAUGUGUACUCGUGAUUGUAAACUUAGCCUUAUUUGUA